GCUAAAAUGAAGAACGGUGUGCUUACUGUUAGGUACGGUACAACUUUGGUUACAACCCGAAACGUCAAAUAUGUAUUGACAUUGACACACAUAAUAACAAGUCUUUUUAAUUGUCAAAUAGUGGUGGAAGGUAUAUCAUCAAGAUGUUGAUGCCGAAACAGAACCGUGUCGCUAUUUAUGAAUACCUUUUUAAAGAGGGUGUUAUGGUAGCUAAAAAGGAUUACCAUGCACCUAAGCAUUCGGAACUAGAAAUACCUAAUCUUCAAGUCAUAAAAGCUAUGCAAUCCCUCAAAUCAAGAGGUUUUGUCAAGGAACAGUUUGCUUGGAGGCAUUUUUAUUGGUAUUUAACAAAUGAAGGCAUUGAGUACCUGAGAAUCUUCCUUCAUUUGCCUCCUGAAAUUGUGCCUGCAACACUGAAGCGAUCAGUCAGAACUGAGACAGUACGCAGAGGUGCUGUUGGUCGUUCAGAUGCCCCAGCUAGAUCAGUUGAAGACCGAUCAGCCUACCGCAGAGCACCUACAGCUCCAGGUGGAGAACAUGAUAAGAAGGCUGAUGUUGGCCCUGGCUCUGCUAAUGUUGAAUUUAGAGGUGGUUUUGGACGAGGCAGAUCAUAAGUUAAAUAUAAAAUUUAAUUAA